AUGAUUUUGAAUAACAUCUUAAGAUACUCAAAGAAUGUUGGCUCUAAGGUCAAUGGACAUAGGUUACAAAGCACAUUAAUAAUUGCCGAACAUGACAAUGAGAAACUUGCAGCCGUAACACGUAAUGCCUUAACAGCUGCAAAGAAACUUGGUGGAGAAGUAUCUGUACUUGUAGCUGGUACCAAAAUCGGAUCGGUCGUAGAAGAAGUUACCAAAGUAUCUGGUGUGACCAAAGUACUUAAAGCGGAGGGUGAAGAAUUCAAAGGAUUUCUGCCAGAAGUUCUUGCUCCAUUGGUAUUGGCUACACAAAAAAGAAUUAAUGCUACCCAUGUUUUAGCUGGCUCCAGUGCUCAGAGUAAAUCACUUUUACCUAGAGUGGCUGCAUUAUUAGAUGUAUCUCCAGUUACUGAUGUUAUUGACAUCAAAUCUCCUGAUACAUUCGUACGAACCAUUUAUGCAGGAAACGCUAUAUUGACCUUGAAGUCACUAGAUGCAGUCAAAGUACUCACUGUACGAAGUACUAGUUUUGAAGCUGCUGCUGAUGGGGGUUCUGGUUCUAUUGAAGAUGCAGUACCUGCAGGUAGUUAUGAAAAAGGAUCGGGUUCAGAAUGGAUUAGUCAAGAACUGACCAAAAAUGAUCGACCUGAUUUGGCUUCUGCGAAAAUAGUUGUGUCUGGAGGACGAGGUGUCAAGUCUGCUGAAAAUUUUAAAAUGAUCUAUGAUCUUGCUGACAAAAUGGGGGCAGGUGUUGGAGCUUCACGAGCAGCCGUAGAUGCCGGUUUUGUUCCAAAUGACAUGCAAAUUGGACAAACGGGAAAAAUUGUUGCUCCGGAAUUAUAUUUGGCUAUUGGCAUUUCUGGUGCCAUUCAACAUUUAGCUGGCAUGAAAGACUCUAAAACUAUUGCUGCCAUAAACAAAGAUCCUGAUGCACCAAUUUUCCAAGUAGCUGAUUUUGGACUAGUUGCUGAUUUGUUCAAGGCUGUUCCCGAAAUGAUUGAAAAAAUAAAAUAA